AUGCAAGCCAUUCGCGUCCAUCCCGAUCCUUCCAAAUCCACCCCCUAUUCACCCUUCAACCCUGCACCAUCCACCUCCUUACAGCUAGACCACGAUGUCCCCAUCCCAAGGCCGUCUCAACCUGGGGAGCUUCUCGUUCGCGUCAAAGCCACAACCGUCAUUCGCGACAUGUUAGCCUGGCCCGAAACCUACACGCACGAAUACGCCAUCCUUGGCAACGACCUCGCCGGAGUCGUGACCGAGGUCUUCUCGCCCGACAGCAAGUUCAACCCAGGCGACAAGGUCUUUGGCAUGGCGAACGUAGACCGCGCCGCCACAUGGGCUGAAUACACAGUCGUCAAAGAGCAUGAAGUUGCCCUGAAACCAACCGCAUUGACUUUCGCGCAGGCCGCAGCGUUGCCUCUCAGUGCCCAAACUGCUUACGAGGCCUUAUUCGACCACGCCGGGCUCCCCCUCCCCACUAUGGAGGAAAUCAUGUCGCGGUCUGCGCUCAGGAAAGACCAACACGUGCUAAUCACCGGGGCUGCGGGUGCGGUGGGAAUUUAUCUCGUUCAGCUUGCGGCGGCGGCUGGCGUAAGGGUAGUGGCCGCUACCAGUUCGAAUGCGCGCAAUGGAGAGUUUCUGCGGGGCCUUGGGGCGGAUGAAACGGUUGAGUAUGGUAUGUUGGAAUGCUAUCGAGGGGCGUUCGAUGUUAUAAUUGAUAUGGUUGGCGGGGAGGUGUUGGAGCAGUGCUGGGAGUAUAUUUCGAAGACCGGGGUGCUGGUUUCUGUGGAUUCUGCGAGCUUCAACUUCGUGGAAGAGCAUGAGAAGCGCGGUCUACGUAAGGCUGGUGUGCAUGCUCUGUUUUUCAUUGUGAAGGGCAGUACUGAGGCAUUACACUAUCUUGCUGAACUUGCGGAUAUGGGAGCCAUACAGUCCUUCGUGGUCGACUCUUGGCCCCUUGCAAAGGCACGUGAGGCGUACGAUAUUGCGAAUGGGCGGUAUUCUGGACGUGGAAAAUUCAUCCUCACCGUCUGA